UAUUGAAACCACUUUUCAUUGGAUAAAGUGUUGCCAUGGCAACAAGACAAACAGAAAAAAUGGCGUUCCUUCAGUGGAGCUGCCAGGACGUGGCACAGUGGAUAGAAUCCAUCGGAUUUCCACAGUAUACGGCAUGCUUUACUGAGAAUUUCAUCACAGGAAAAAAGCUGAUUUAUGUAAACUGCAAUUAUUUGCCACGAUUAGGAAUCACUGACUUUGAACACAUGAAGGCAAUCUCAGCAUGUGUCCGUGAGCUGCUAGGCAUCUCAGAGCCAUUGUGGAAUCGCAGUAUUGCAGACCCACCAAGAGAUGAUAUGGCCAUGUUUUUAGAAGUCAGAAGCAGGACUGGAGAAAGAGCUGAUACUCUUACCUAUGCUCAGUUCCUCAAACAAAUAAGUAAACAGCAAGAUUACAGUAAAGCAGCUGACGAAUCUCAGUAAAAACAAAUCCUAAAAGACAUUAAAGCUUUUCUUUUAAUUAUAAUUAGCUUUACAGAUUUGGCUGAGGAGCUUCAUUACUUCUAUUGUUGUUCACAAUUUGAUCUAUCCCUGGUGUGUGAUUGUGGGAAAUAGACUAUGGCUUACUGGGCUUUGCCUUCAUAAUUUAAGCAUUCUUUGUCUUAUGUGUUUUACAGUGAUGGGGAAUUGAAAGUUAUGUAAGGUUUAAUUAGGCCUGUAGUAUGCUUAGACUUAUUUAGUGAAAUCCUUUUUCAUUAUUUUAUGAGACCCAAAUAUGUACUGUAGCUUUGGGAAUAAUUCAAAAUUAACCAAGAAAUGUAUAGAUUCCUUGCA